UACUGUUUCAGGCAGAAUAUAAAAGGGCUGUAACUACAAAUCAAUGGCAUCGACGACUUGAAUUCCCAAAUGGGGAGAUGUUUGUUAUGCAUAAUCCCAAGGUCAUUGUUCAGUUCCAGCCCUCUGCCUCGCCAGAUGAGUGGGGCACCAGUCAGGAUGGUCAGGCAAGACCCAGGCUGGUAAAACGUGGAAUUGAUGACCACGAUGAAAUUCCUGAUGGAGAAAUGCCCCAAAUUGACCAUUUAGUAUUUAUGGUUCACGGCAUAGGUCCGGUGUGUGACCUGAGAUUCAGAAGCAUUGUUGAAUGUGUUGAUGACUUUAGGACUGUUUCUCUGAAGUUGCUGCAGACUCACUUUAAGAAAUCUUUAGAGGAUCAAAAAGUGAGCAGGGUGGAAUUCCUGCCUGUUCACUGGCAUAGUUCUCUGCAUGGUGAUGCCACAGGUGUAGACAGGAACAUUAAGAAAAUCACUUUGCCGAGCAUUGGCCGCCUGCGCCACUUCACCAACGAGACCCUCCUCGACAUCCUCUUCUACAACAGCCCCACCUACUGCCAGACCAUCGUGGACAAAGUGGGGCUGGAGAUGAACCGCCUGCACGCGCUCUUCCUGAGCCGCAACCCCGACUUCAAGGGGGGAGUCUCUGUGGCUGGGCACAGCUUAG